AGCAUGAGUCUUCAGAGGUUCUUCAGGUCCUCUGUCCUUCAGUCAGCAGUCUCGGUCCAUUUGCGGAAGAACAUUGGUGUUACAGCAGUGGCAUUAAAUCAGGAACUUGAUCCUAUAAAGAAACUCUUUGUGGACAAGAUUAGAGAAUACAAAUCUAAGCAACAGAAAUCUGGAGGAUCUGUUGAUGCUGGUCCAGAAUAUCAGCAAGAUCUGGAGAAGGAGCUUUUUAAGCUCAAGCAAAUGUUUGGUAAAGGAGACACCUUCAUAUUUGAAGAUCCCAAAUUUGAAGUCUUUGAUAAAUCCCAGGCCUGAAGAAAUAAAGUAAAAUUAAUCUGGUACUUUGUCAUGGGUUAGUUAUACAACUAGUUAGAAGUUUCCGAA